UAUAAAAAUAAGUCAUUUAUAACCGCUUAUAUUUUACUUAGACAGACCUAAAGCCCUGUCUGUGUGUGUGACUGAGACCAUGACCGUGUCCCAAACCUGCUGAGUGGUCCUUGACUAAAGAUGCAACCAGGAGGUCCUCCUCCACCACCUCCUCCCCCUCCGCCGCCCCCUCCUCCACCUCCACCUCCACCUCCACCUCCACCUCCAGCCCUAGGACUCCCUCCAUCCCUCCAAGGCUCGGGCCUCACUGCCAAGGGAGCGCUCCGGCGCUCCACAAUGCGCAAUUUCAACUGGGAAACCCUUCCUCAACACACUGUGAUAGGAAAGCACAACAUCUGGACAGCUGAUAAGACUGAUGGGGAGUAUGAGCUGGACACUGAUCACAUGGAGGAGCUGUUCAGCAACAAGCAGGGCAAACAACAACUCAAGGCCCAGAACCGCCAGAGUCUGAGGGGGCUGCCAACUGCUGCCUCUGGAGGGGUUAUGGUUACCAUCCUCAGCUCCAAGAGAAGUAUGAACAUGGGAAUUUUCCUGAAGCAAUUCAAGCGGCCUGUAAAAGUCAUGAUUGAUGAAAUUAAAUCAGGAAGUAGUCUCAGUUUUGGUUGUGGAAAACUAAAGGAGCUGUGCAAGCUGCUGCCUGAGGAAGAAGAGGAGAAGCAGCUGGUCAGUUUUAAGGGCGACCACUUUUCUCUCCCAGAAGCAGAUCUGUUCAUGCUGAUGCUGGUCAGGAUUCCCAGCUAUAGAGAGCGUCUCAGCAGCUUGGUGCUCAAAGAGGAAUUUUUCCCCCUCAUGCAUGAAAUGAAAGAAUCCAUAUGCACUCUGACAGCAGCUGGAAAAGAGCUGUUGGAGUCUGAUCAGCUCCAUUCUGUCAUCCGCCUGGUACUGAAGACCGGAAAUUACAUGAACGCUGGUGGCUAUGCAGGCAGUGCAAUUGGCUUCCGAAUGGCUUCUCUGUUGAAGUUAGUGGACACCAAAGCAAACAAACCUGGAAUGAAUCUUAUGCAUUAUGUCGUGAUGCAAGCUCAGAAGGCAGAUGGGGAGCUGCUUAACUUUACAGACCAACUCAAACACAUUGAAGCUGCAGCAAGAAUGAAUAAAGGGGAAAUUGAAGCAGAGUUUGAAAAGCAGGUGAAGAAGGUCCAAAAUGCCAAAGCAGACACCUUAAAGCAGGAAGACCUCAAGGCACAGAUGGAUGAUUUUUUAAAGGAGGCUGAGGUCUGCUUGUCAGAAAUAGAAAUUGAUCUUCAGCAAUUGCAGUCAGUAAGUGACUCUGUGGCAGAGUACUUCUGUGAAUCCCCAAACAAGUUCAAACUAGAGGAAUGUUGCUCCAUUUUCAACUCCUUUUGUGAGAAAUUUAUGCGAGCUAUGCAGGAAAACAAGGCUCGAGAGGUGGUAGAGGUGCAGCGGAGACACAGAGACAGGUUGCAGAAUGUUACCAAGCGCAGGUCCACAGCUACCUGCUCCAGUAGAGACAAGGAAAUGGAUGAAGUUGCAUUGCAAUCCAUACUACAGAACUUCCUAACCAAACGUGUCUCUCGGAGGAGACCAGGAUGGCCCUCAUCCACUCAUGGAAGCCCCACGAGUGGCAGCCCCAACAACGGGAGUCUAUCAGAAAUAACCUCUCAGGCAAACCUCCCCACCGGAAAUCAAAAAAGAGAAGGCUCUUUUAGAGCUGAGGACAUGGGCAGAAAAGACUGGAAUUCAGCAGUUGAACUCACCGAGAACCCUCCCCUAAAGAAAGCCCAGUCUAAUAACGAGGACAACAAGGCAAAAGGUGGCAUUCCUCAUGAAGAGGUGGUGAAACCCUCCAGGAAAGAGGACUCUAGAGGUUCUGCACACCCAGCUAAUAAGUCCACCAGCAUUUCCGCCUCAGGCAGAUCUUUCUCAGCUAUCAUUGACGGGAGUGAGGAGGAUCUACAGGAUAAUAAUGAAGAGGAGGCACAUAAAUUGCGCGAAGCAUCUAAAAAGGUUUUGCACUUUCAGAAGAGCCGUAGCAGUGUCUCAUCUGGGGAUUAUUCUCAGGAGAAUCUGAAAUCCCCGGGUCCCAUUAACACUUUGCCUCGUCAACGCACCGUUGACGACACGGAGGGGUGUUCUGGAGACCCAACCAAUCAGGAUUUAGUUCGAUUCUUGCUCGAUCCUCAAUCCACCUCAACACAUAACCUUGUCCGGCGCCAUACUCUUUCUACCGUAGUCCCUAAAACUGAGGAAGAGGGAGAUAAUCUGUACCCCAUACCUCCAAUCAGAACUCCUAAUUCUGCGGCAAGAGAAAAUGGGACUUUGCUAACAGAGGGUGCAGUAAAAAAUCCCUCAGUACAAGUAUUUGACUUUACUGAUGUUUCUCACAACAUUGAAAAAUCUGGUGCUCCAGACCAGAAUUCUCCAUCAGCAGAGAAGAAAAGCAAGCCAAAUGUUUCUGUAACCCAUGUUCCACAGGAAGAUCUUGUAGAUCAAAAGGAAGUGGGCAAAUCACUGGAGCCCACAGGCAACCAUGUACAGGGGAAUAGUGAAAGUGUUCCACCCAAGAGUUCAUGGAUUAAGACUGAAAACACUGGAGUAUUUUUUAGCUUUCUAAAACGCCUUGGAGACAUUGGAAAACUCAGCAAGGAAACUGCUCAUAAAGGCCCUGGGUCAGGUGUAUAGGCUUUCAAAGAUAUACAAUUUAAUGUCAGGGAAGGACAUGUGACUGCAGUGUUACUUGUAAUUAACUCCGCAUGGUGAUGAUGUAGUGUUAUAUUUAAUGUCACUUUUUUAAUUGAUAACAAGGUUGUUAA